GUCUGAGAGAGUCUGAAGUGGUGUGAGAAACAGAGAGCAGCAGGGAAGCGCCGAGAUUCAAAUUCCGAAGUCAGAGAUCAAGCAGAGCGAAGAGAAUGUCGUCUUGGAGAGGAAAGCGAAAGGACGAGGAGGACCACGCGUCCGACGGCGACUCUGAGGGCCACGCGCCCCCCAAAAAGACCGCCAAAAGAGACUCCGACGACGACUCAGCCGAGGACAUCGUCGUCUGCGAGAUAUCAAAGAACAGGAGGGUGACGGUCAGGAACUGGAACGGCAAGGUUAUUGUCGACAUUCGCGAGUUCUAUGUCAAGGAUGGCAAGCAACUGCCUGGAAAGAAAGGAAUCUCACUACCGAUGGAUCAGUGGAAUGUUCUUCGGAGUCAUGUGGACGAGAUUGACAAGGUUGUUAACGAGACUGGUUAGAAAUAUCUUUUGUGCUUUAACUAGAAAGUAUGUGAGCCUGAGCCUGCAAGGUAAUUUUGUUUAGGCUGUCAACACAUUAACCAUGUGUGAUGCUUUUGUAUCUAUCUAGAAUUGAUAACUGUAUUGAGGUCAAUGACAUUAUGCUUGGAAUUGGACUUGAACAAUGCAAGUACUUGAUCAACUAUCUAUAAGUAUUAGGUUUGCCUA